UCAGCCCUUGUUUUAAAGGGCAGAGUUGUAAAAACUCCCAGGCUGCGGGGAGUUAGCUUGCAAGCCUUUUAAUCGGAAUUUCAACUGUACCCCCACGGAGGCAUCCCCUGGAGCUUUAUAAAGACACGAAGACGACGGCAUCGUACUUUUGUAUCUCCUUUAGAAAGUAACGCUAGAAGCUGUACACGAAUUACGCCUACUGGAGCGGAGCCUGGCUAUUGAAAGAAAAAAACCUGCUGUUAAUUUCCAUGAUCUUAAACCCUGUUGCAGCAAGGAUAUUCAUUUUGGCAAGAAGCACUGAAGAGUUCUGUUGUGACGGGAGAAGAACAACAAAAAUAAUAUCUUCGCCUUUGAAGCAGCUAUGCAGCUUGAAAUUCAAGUAGCACUCAACUUUAUUAUUUCCUAUUUGUACAACAAACUCCCUCGGCGUCGUGUGAAUAUCUUCGGCGAGGAACUCGAGAGGCAGCUGAAGAAGAAAUAUGAAGGCCACUGGUAUCCGGAUAAGCCAUACAAAGGUUCAGGGUUCAGGUGCAUCCACGUAGGGGAGAAGGUGGACCCUGUGGUGGAGCAGGCAGCCAAAGAGAGCGGGCUGGACAUUGAAGAUGUCCGGAAUAAUCUCCCUCAGGACCUUAGUGUGUGGAUUGACCCGUUUGAGGUGUCCUACCAGAUUGGGGAGAAGGGACCGGUCAAGGUGCUUUACGUGGAUGAUAACAAUGAGAACGGGUCGGAGCUGGACAAGGAGAUCAAGAACAGCUUUAACCCCGAGGCCCAGGUGUUCAUGCCGAUCAGUGACCCCGUCGGGGCUUCAUCAGAGUCCAGCUCCCCCUCGCCUCCUUUCGGGCAGUCUGCUGCCGUGAGCCCCUCCUUCAUGCCCCGCUCCACGCAGCCCUUAACCUUCACCACUGCCACCUUCGCUGCCACCAAAUUCGGCUCCACAAAGAUGAAGAGCAGUGGCCGCAACAACAACCCCGCCACCAACAACAGUGGCAGUAGCAGUAAGGUGGCCCGCACAUCCCCCACCAGUAACUUGGGACUGAAUGUCAACACCCUUCUGAAGCAGAAAGCCAUCUCCACCUCCAUGCACUCACUUUACGGGCUGGGCCAGCAGCAGCAGAAGGCCUCCGCGCUCUCCCCUAACGCCAAGGAGUUUGUUUUCCCCAGCCUCCAGGAUCAGGCCAGCCCUGGAGCCGUGUUCCCCGGGGAGGGCUCCCUGGGUCUCGGCACCCUGCAGUACAACAAUGCCUUUGACGUGUUCGCAGCCUACGGAAGCCUCAACGACAAGUCCCUCAUGGAUGGCCUCAACUUCAGUCUGAGCAACAUGCAGUAUUCUAACCAGCAAUUCCAGCCGGUCAUGGCUAACUAAACUCAUCACAACGAUGUUAUUUAUGAAUGAUGGUGGCUCAAAGAGAAGGAAAAACAAAACGCACACUUGGAGGGAAAAAAAAAACCUGGACUUUCAAGGAUAUAGUGUCUAGUCAGUCAAGCGCAUGUGCCCAAGGGUGUUUUACUGUACCCCCUUGAGUUUGUUUCUACUAAAAGCUUGUACAAACACAUCCAAGCUUGGUUACUUCAAUUCAACAUGCAUCGUUGUUUCUUUCCUUUUUGCCAACCAAGCACAAAUUUUUUUACCAUGUUGAGAAAAUACUCCAAAAAGUUUCAACAAAAAAAUAUAAAAAUACAAGCUUCAAGUUUUGGCCUCUUACAGUAUUUUACAGGUGGUAAGACAAGGCUAAUUUUUAUGAAUUGGCACUACUAAGUGGGGUUACUUGGUCUUUUUCUAAUUGUAUAAUUUAAUUUAGUACAGAGUUUGUAAGAUAUCAGAGUAUAUAUUGUUUCUAUGACAUGGUGUUGCAUUUAUAUCUUUUUACUACUCCAGUGAUCUGUGAUGGCUGCAGCAGCUUUUUCCUUUUUUUUUUUUUUUUUUUUUUUUUAAAAGAUAAUUGUUAAAGAAACCCAUCUUUAAAAAAAAAAAAGAAAAAAAAAAAAGUACAUAAAAUAUUCUCAAUAUUAUGUACAGAGUAUUCCUUUAGUGGUGGGAUUCAAAUGUAGGAAUAUUUGCUUUUUUCUGAAAGAUGAAUUGUAUUUUCUGUUAAGAGGUUAAAGAUUUUGCUAUACAAUGGACAAAAUGUAAUCGUAUGAAUAUUAAUUUUUGUACCUACAUUGUGCAAUACUUGAUAAAAAGAAGAAAAAAAAGAAGAAAAUACGGUAUAACAAAGUAUUUUGAGUCAGUGUCUUACAUGUCAAGAGGGACUGAAAUAGUUUAUAUUGUUAAGUUUGUAUUAAAUGCUUAAAAAUGAUAUGCUUGUCUUUAUUUUUUUUAAUUUCAUAUUUGCACCCUGGUCUUUUUAAUAAAAUAAACUCCAGUUGAACAUGA